AUGUCCCGCCGCUCCGUCCUCUCAGCGCAGCUCGCACAGCUCACCUCCUCUGGGCCCUCAUACGAUCCCGACGCGUCAGACAACCUCGAUGGCCUGACUCGCGGCGCAGCAGGAGAAGGGGAGGAAGAGGAGGAUAGGAGGGGUCAUUAUGUGGAUGUGGGACCGAGUCGGCUGAGAGGACAGAUGGGGGCCAUGGCGGAUCCGGAGGGGAAAUAUGGAGGGGCGGUCAGGGGACGGCAGAAGAUCUUUGAUGAUGAUGACGACGACGAGGAUGAGGAGGAGGAGGAGGAGGUGGGUGAUGAUGAGGAGGGAGAGUCAGGGGAUGAUGAUGAUGCGGACGAUGAUGAGGAGCGGGGGAGUGACGAUGAGGAUGAUGAGGGAGAGGAGGACGAUGAUGAGGAAGAGGGAAGUGAGGAUGACGCGGAGGAGGAUGAAGAGGAAGAGGCAGAGGAUCAACCGAUACACUCCGCUCCAACCUCCUCCCGCCCUCUGGACCCAAUUGCGGCUUUGCGCGAUUCUCGCCAGAAAGACGUCCUCAAGGGCCAGGCUAUCCGUCGACAAAAAGCACUAUUCGAAUCCCUUCUCACCAUCCGCAUCACCUUUCAAAAAGCCCUCACGGCGCUCUCCAAGCUCCCCGCCACCCUCCCGUCUGCUACCGACUCACCCGAAGAGCUCGUCGAUGCGCGCUCGGACGUCCUUGCCGGCCUGGCGGAACUGAGCGAGGGGAUGUUUGAGCUGCGCCAGGAGAUCGCGCUGCCGGGGAUGGAAGUGCCGGAGAGCUUGGGGCUGGGCAAGCGGAAGCGGGAUGAUAGUGCGGAUGUGGGAUAUUGGGUUGGCACAGCGGAGGAUUCGUUGAGCCUCAAUAAUGCAAUGAAAGAGCAGAUGAUCCCGAUUCUGAACAAGUGGUCUACCAAGAUCCAGGCGGCGACGCUGUCGGUCGGCGGGAAGGCUGCGGGGAGCAGCAAGUUCUUGCAGGGGACCAAGGGGCAGGGGCAGAUGGGCGUUGUGGAGGCGAUAGAGGCGGGAUUGUCGAACAGGCGCAAUCCCGGCCCCCAAUCCCUCCUCGCCCUCGAAGAACCGCACUACCGCGCUCUCCUCCGCGAGAUCAUCGAUUCGCGUACCACAGGCUCCUCGCACCUUCCCGACACGUCCUACCGCCUCGAAAAGAAGAAGAAGCGCGAUGCCGAGCGGGGCGCAAGUAAAGGCCGGAAGAUCAGGUAUACGGUACAUGAAAAGGCGGCGAACUUUGCCGUGCCGAUGGAGAUCAUGGGUGGGUGGGGGGAGGGACAGGUGGAUGAGCUGUUUAGUAGCUUGUUGGGCGGUGCGGGGAUGGGCGGUGGGAGGAGUGAGGGACAGGGGGCGGGGAUGGAGGGGAUGGCGGCGGCGGAUAUUGGGGAAGGAGGGGGAUUGAGUGGACUUGGAGGACUGAGGGUGUUCUAG